AUGGAAUUGGCUAUAGCACAAAUCAGGUCUCUGGCGCAGAGCGCUGAUAGAGCCGGACGCCAGGAAAUUUUGAGCGCUCUGGGCAAGCUGCAGUCAGAACUAGAGGACCCUAUGGAGACGUUGAUGCGUCUUUCCAAUUUUGUUCGUGUGAUGUCCCAAAACCCUUUUCAUGUGCAACUCUUCCAAGCGCUCGCUGAUACGUCCGAGUUUCUAGACGUUAAUCAGAUCGCAAAAACGACCGGCAUGUCGUCUGAGCUUCUUGCAAGAAUCCUUCGCUAUUUGGCCUCCAUGAACAUUAUCGAAGAAAACCCCAGUGGCCAAUACGCGGCCAACAAGAUUACUCGGUUUUUCGCUAUUCCUCGGGUGCAAGGACAGGUCCUCCAUGGAUUUGAGACAAAUAUUCCGGUAGCUCGUGAGCUUUUUAGUUUCCUGGCAUCAACAAACUACCAAGAUAUCACAAAGAAUACACACACCCCAUUCCAAAAAGCCUACAACACCGAUUUGCAUCCUUUCGAAUGGUUUGCUCAAAACCCAAAACGGUUCGAGCACUUCCACCAAGGAAUGGCUGCAAUGGCCUCGGCGGCCUGGAUUGACGCAGCUGAAGUAUUUCAGAGGGCAGCGAACCAAGUCCCACCGACGACUCCAAGCACAAAAGAAGCUCCCUUCUUUGUGGAUGUCGGGGGCGGCUAUGGCCACCAGAGUGUUCUGCUUGGGAAAAGAUACCCCAAUCUUUUGCAUCGUAUAGUUUUCCAAGACCUCCCACAGACGCUCAAACAGGUUUCCGUGACUGAAGGGAUUGAAGCACAGGCGCAUGAUUUCUUCACACCGCAACCAAUCAAAGGUGCUAAGUUCUAUUAUCUUCGUCGAGUCCUUCACGACUGGCCCGACAAUGACGCACUGAAGAUUCUUCAAAAUUUAGCUUCUGCCUUGUUGCCGGACUCCCGCAUUCUAAUCGACGAGAUUGUGAUGCCAGAUCAGUCGGCUCACUGGCAUUCUACGAUGAUUGAUCUAUCGAUGAUGAUGGCAUUUGCCGGCAAAGAGCGCCGUGCACAACAAUGGAGUGACUUGGCGGAGCGUUCAGGCUUGUGUGUUGAGCAAAUACAAACCUAUGAUCAGGCAUCUUAUGCUUCUGUCAUUAUCAUUAGGUCCAAAUAA